GUGGUUGUUUUCAUGUGAGUUUGGUUUAUUAUAUUAAAAUGACGAGCUUAAUUGACAAAAUAGAGCUGCUAAUCAAGAGGGAGAAGACUACACCAGAACGAAAGAAAAAAGAAGAAACUUCGAAAUCCUCCAGUGAAAUUCUUUCAGAGCUAUUCAGUGCCUUCAACGCCGAUCCUCCCAAAAUCGAUGAAGCUUCUCUGAAGAAAUCAAAGAAAAGCAAAAAGAAACACAAGAAAGAGAAAAAGAAACGGAGUCGAAGCAGUAGCAGCAGCAAUUCUGAUGAUAGCGACUACUCUCAUAAGCACAAGAAACGGAAAAAGAGCAAAUCGAAGAAAAAACGCGAUAGAUCGCGAUCUAGCACCCCUAGUAAAAGCAAUAUACCGCCUAAAAUUAAGGCUGAUUUAGAGGCAAUAAGAAUAAAAAAUGAGUCCGGCCGCACCAUUUGUGAUGAUUUUCGUCACGAAAUAAAACUUAAAACAGAACCUAAAGAAAUACAACACCGUAGAGUUUCUAUCAAAACAGAAGAGCCGCAAAACUACAGCGUCGACGUUUCAAACUUCGAUGCUAGUCUCAUUCCUAUGCCAGAUUCUCCUAAACAUGAAGACUUACGUCAAAAGCUAGACAGUAAAAAACAAGAAGCCGAAGACAAGUCCAAGAGUAAAAUUCAAAUAAAAAAUUUGAAGUUCAGUGCAGUCUUUGAGGAGACUGUAAAGAAAGCCGAGGAAGAAGCAAGGAAGAAAGCGGAGAAGUUUGAAGAAGGUGAAUACACAGAUUCGUCGAGCAGUAGUGACAAACCAGAAGUUCCCAAUGCAGAAUUCCCCAAAUCCUCGGAUCCUGGAGGUAUACUUAAGAAGCAAGCUGCAGAGGAGUCUAAAGUGUCAGAUGAAGAUAGGAGCCAUUCUAAGAGGUCCAAAGAAAGCUCCCACAAGUCUUCAAGAAGGGACAAAAGCAGAUCCAGGAGAAGGUCAGUCAGCAAGUCCCGCCGCUCGCGCUCUCGGUCCGCGUCCCGCCGCCGCCGCCGCUCGCGGUCCCGCGGCCACGAGCGGUCCCGCCGCCGCUCGCGGUCGCGGUCCCGGGACCGGGACCGCCACGAGCGGGACAGGCACCGGCCGAGGCAUGUGUCGCCGAGACACAGGGGGAGGAGGUCCAGAUCACCAACCGGGGUGAAGUUGGCAGACAGUGAGAAGAAGCGUCUUCUAGAAGUAGCGAGAAGGAACGCGAUCAACAUGCUCAAGAAUGGCGCCGUACCUGCCGGCGCCGCCGCGUUACCACCACACACCAGGAACCAAGUCAUGGCCGCCAUACAAUCCGGCGGUAAAUCAGUGGACGAGCUAACAGACUUCUGCAAGCAUUUAUCAAAGAAAGAGGCGCUCGGAGAACUGUCUUCCGUCUCAUCUCACGACGAAGACAUGAGCGAGAAUGAAGACACGCUCGCGUUCCAUCAUCCGUUCCUAGUCAAAGAGAAGGCUCCUAUUGUUAUGAAUAUUAGGGGUGGAGCGCCCCUCCCUAUCAAGACCAAUCCGCUGCCGAUAGCCAACAAGGAGGAGCUGCGGCUGCAGUUCCCCGUGUCCUCGGGGUCGCAGCACAGGGAAAAGGCUUCCGAAUGGGUACCUGUCUCACCACCUAAGAAGGAUAUGCAAGUUGCAAAACUGAACUCGAAAACAACGGCCUCCAAACCUGCUGCCAUCGCUCCAGCGGAAACUACUGCCACUAAAGCGGCGCCGCUCGCGCUGCCGGCGCCGCCCACGCCCGCGCCCGCGCCCGUGCCCGCGCCCGCGCCCGCGACGCCCGUGGUGGCGCCACCGCCUUACAUGAAGGGCUUCACCACCGGCACGCAACUAGCUUCAGUUCCUACUGCACCGGCAUUGCCAGCGCCCGGACCCCAAGCCUAUCCACCAGGAAUUGAACCUCCGAAAGUUAUUGAUGUCGCGUCGAUCGUCUCACAGAAGCUGCUAAUGAUAAGAAAAGAGCAAGAACAGAACGAGUUGUCUACCACACGUGGCUCGUCUCUCCACCAGUUCGGGUGGUCGAGCAAGGCGGGCCAGUUCACCGGAUCCACGGGCGCGCAGAUCCUCACUCCCAAGGAACUCGCCAGCGGCACGAAAGCCUGGGCCUCAAGAAAAACGACUAUUCCGCCGCCGUCGCCGCCCGCUGCUGUGGAUCAACUCAUGAGGGCAGCGCCAGUAGGAGGGGGUAUGGGCAUGCACCUCCUCCAGAAAAUGGGUUGGACCCCGGGCCAAGGGCUCGGGAAAGAAGGCACGGGGACCCUCCAACCGUUACUGUUAGAAGUCAAACUGGACACAAGAGGUCUGCAGGCUAAAGAAGAGGUCAAUACGAGGAACAACAAAGGAAUGAAAGUCCAACGCCAGCCGCGGAGAGGCGGCGCAGCGCCUGCGUUAGUAGCAGGGGGAAAACAUCCUGUAUCUUUACUCGGAGAGUACUGUUCUAAACAGAAACUGGGCCCGCCCGAAUAUAACCUGUGCUUCGAAUGUGGACCUGAUCAUAAGAAAAACUUCUUGUUUAAGGUAAGAGUAGCAGGAGUGGAAUAUCAGCCGGCGGUGGCGAGUGCCAACAAAAAACAGGCCAAAGCAGAUGCCGCACAGUUAGCGCUACAGAAACUAGGCAUCGUCACCCCUUAGCACUGCCAAGCCAUAGACUGUAUGGAAACUACUGUCACAGAUAGCGUAAGGAGUAGAUAACGAACCCUGGCUGGAUACAAUAUCCGAAGGAGUUUUAGUUAUUAAAACACAUCGGUAACUCGUGGCAUUUAGGUGGCACUCGACAGAAUAGUGAUGUGACAAGUUUUCUAGGUGUUUUAUCAGAAAAGUUAAAAUAAUAAAUAAUUAUUCCCUAUAUGAAGGGGCUUUAUUAAAUAAAAUAAAAAAUAUUCGAAAUAUCCGUUUAGUCGAUUUUCAUGUAUUCGAAUUAUCUGGAUACAAAAUUGGGCGGAUAAUUACAAGCCCUACUACAUUAAGAGAGCAUUCAGAACUUCAAUUCAGAGCUUUUUUACCAUUACGUCAGUGGAGGUUGAAAGUGUUGAAACAAAUCGUUUUCUUAAACACAAAGUGGUUUAUCUCAAUUUGAAGACGUAGGCAGACUUGUGAACAUUUAGAACAAUUUAAUUAUUUAUGACGAAUGUCAUAAUAUAUUAAAUGAUUAACAUUCCUUAUGGACUUCCGGUUGGGACGCCAUCAUAGCGGUUUCGUGUCGUGAAUAAUUUAUUUUUCUUUUACUCAUUAAUGUUGUUUAAAGUGUAAUAUUGAUAGCGUAUUAUGCAGUAAACUAAUGGUGUAGU